AAAUUGUCCUUCUCUUUAUUCACACUCCCCUUCCUUUAUCAAACCUUAUCACCUCUGGCCGCACUUCCUCCCUAACAGACACUUGCCUCCCCUUGCCGCACUUCCUCACAAACAGACCCUAAUUCUUCGCUGAUUGGCGGCGACGAAGCGGCGGCAGUGGCCAAUUGCAGGGCAAGAGUCACAGGAUCAAUUGAACCACUUAAUUGCUUUGGUAUGGAGAUUAAAAUUUUGAGCUUGUACCAGCCAUAUUUAAUAAAGCAUCAUGACACCGAGAUGUAAAGUAAUGUCACACAUAUUCAUAUGUGGUUUAUUGAUCUUUAUUUAUUUAGUAUCGACCUUAUUAACGGUGUCUUCUAGUGGCGAUGAUUAUUUACACUGUGAAAGUAUCAUGAGAAACUGGGUCGAUUCUUCCAUGGAAACAGAAGUCCAUACAGAUGAGCUGAUACUAAAGGAUCUAUUGUUUUUUCUGCAUGUUCCAAGAACUGGGGGCCGAACAUACUUCCACUGCCUUUUGAGAAAGCUUUACACGAGUCCUCAGAAGUGUCCACUUUCCUAUGACAAAUUACGACUCGAUCCAAGCAAACCAAAUUGCAGAUUGAUGGUUUCCCAUGAUGACUAUAGCUUGAUAUCUAAAUUACCAAAGCACAAAACGUCAGUUGUAACAAUUUUAAGGCAUCCGAUUGAUCGUGUGUUCAGCACAUAUGAAUCCUCUGUCGAACUUGCAGCUGAAUUUCUUGUGCAUCCAAAUUUAACUUCAACAACCCAAAUGUUUAGACGGAUUGUACUGGAUAUCUGGCCAUGGAAGUAUUUAGUUCCUUGGAUGAGGCAGGACUUAUUUGUAAGGAGGCAUGCUAGAGAACUUGGAAGACUUAGAAAGAUUGAAGAGACGAAUAAUCCAUAUGACAUGGAAGAGAUGGUCAUGCCCUUACAAGAGUUCAUUAAUGACCCAAUAGCUCAUGAGAUCAUUCACAACGGAGCAACUUUUCAGGUAGCAGGAUUAACAAACAACUCAUAUUUAGAAGAAUUGCAUGAUGUCCGCAAUUGUCUUAGGAAGCACCCUGAAUUUGGCCAUUAUGUUCUUGAGGUUGCUAAGCAUAGGUUGGAUCAUAUGUUAUAUGUUGGUCUUACUGAAGAGCACAAGAAGUCUGCUAAUAUGUUUGCUGAAUUGGUUGGAGCACAAGUUAUUUCCCAGUCUGAAGCCUGGAGCUCUACUGAGCAGGAAACAACCAACAAAACUGAACCUAGCUUUUCUUAUUCAUAUCCUGCUGAUGGACUAAAACAGGCUGAGGGUAUUGCUGGCUAUCUAAAUAUAACCGAGAUCCUUUCACCACAUGAUGAACCAGGAAGAGAAAAUAUGACUGUUGGAAAGUUGAUAGAGGCAUAUGAAAAAUGCAAUUCCAAUUUACGGAAAUUUCAAACAACCCGACACACAAUGUCUCUGAAAAGGAUUUCUCCUGUGAAAUUUUCAAAGAAGGCACGCCGUUCUGUUCCUGCUUCGAUUCUUGAUCAAAUACAAUAUCUGAACAGUCUUGAUGUGGAACUUUACAAACAUGCUCAAGAUAUAUUCAGGCGGCAGGAGAAACAUGUCGUGCAAAAUGAUGACAAGGGAAACCUGAAGGCCCAAGAGGAACUGCAGACAUCAGGAUGUGGCAGCUUAUUUAGUUGCUUGCCAUGGAAGAUUUUAUCGAUCAUUGCAUUUCUUGCUGUUAUUGUUCUUGCGAUUCUAGUAACAAAACGCAGGAGAGCGGGUAAAUUGAAGAUGUUUUGACCAAAAAACGGGCAUGCCCUACCUGUGUUGUGUUGUUGCCUCUCCAACUGGUCUGGUCCACUUGGAUCGACUUGGCCAAUUGUACUGUCUCCCAUGGCACAUGAAACUAGAAUUUCAGAUUUUCUUAUGCUACGUUUAGUUGAGUGUAAUGUAAUUUAAUUUGUAAUAUAAUUAAAUUUAUAAUGUAAUAUAAUCUUAAUUAUAUUGCUAUGUUUGGUAAUGUAAUGUAUGUAAUUUUUGAUUACAAGGAUGAUUGUAUUCUUUUGUU